AUGGCGCUAGAGGCCUUCAGAAUCGCCGCCACCACCUCCCCCGAGGAGGGAACGCCCCAAACCGUCUCCAUCGUUGAUACCAAGUCACCACCUGUGGAAGCCCUGAGAGACCGGAGGACAUCGUCCUCUGAUGAUGAGCAGAAAGUGGACUCCAGCUACUACUGGGAGGUCAACCCCAGUGAGGUGAUGCUACUGAAACGCAUCGGCACGGGAUCUUUCGGCACGGUGUACAAAGGCAAGUGGCACGGCGAUGUGGCCGUCAAGAUCCUCAAGGUGAUCAAUCCCACCGCAGAACAAAUCCAGGCCUUCAAGAACGAGAUGCAGGUUCUCAGGAAAACCCGUCACGUCAACAUCCUGCUCUUCAUGGGCUUCAUGACAAAUCCCUACGCCAUAAUCACGCAGUGGUGCGAGUGGAGCAGCCUCUACCGCCAUCUACACGUCAUAAAGACACGGUUUGAUAUUUUCCUACUGAUUGACAUCGCGCGGCAAACGGCGCAGGGGAUGGACUACCUCCAUGCCAAGAAUAUCAUACAUCGUGAUCUGAAAUCCAAUAACAUCUUCCUGCACGAGGGGCUGACUGUGAAGAUUGGCGAUUUCGGUUUGGCCACGGUGAAGACAAGGUGGAGCGGGUCUCAGCAGGUGGAGCAGCCGAGUGGUUCCAUCCUAUGGAUGGCCCCAGAAGUGAUGAGGAUGCAGAAGAACAGUCCGUACAGCUUCCAGUCCGACGUCUACGCCUACGGGGUGGUGCUGUACGAGCUGAUGGCCGGACUACUACCAUAUGCAGAUAUCAGCAACAGAGACCAGAUCAUCUUCAUGGUUGGCCGUGGAUUCCUUAGCCCUGACCUGACUAAAGUCUCUAACAGCUGCCCCAAGGCCAUGAAAAGGCUUCUAGCAGAUUGUCUGAAGCUGAAAAGAGAGGAGAGGCCUCUGUUCCCACAGAUCCUUUCUUCUAUUGAGCCGCUGCAGCGAGCUCUCCCAAAAAUAGAACGCAGCGCGUCCGAACCUUCUCUUCAUAGUGCGGUGAACAGCCAGGAAGUAAAUGUCAUUGUGAUGAAUACCGUACCCUUCGUGCCCCGACCUGUCAACUACCUGGGUUCCUGGCUGGCUUAA